AGGCCGUAAAAGCCGGUAUUGACACUAAAUACAAAGUUAGCUGAAGUUAUCGUAGGCUAAAGCUACCGUUGCCUCAGUCGAGCUUAAAUACGGAGCAACAGGGGCUCGAGAAGGAGGGCGUGGCCGCAGCGGUGACGUUCUGUGUUUAUGUCGAACAGAGCAUCAAAGUCAGUACGGUAACCUGUCAGACCUUCAAACCGUGGACCGAAAACGUGUGCUGUAGUGUCACCCCUGCCUGGGUGCCAUGGUCCUCUGUUACACAUGAGCUCUACUAUGUGGUACAUCAUGCAAAGCAUUCAAAGUAAAUACUCCUUGUCUGAGCGGCUCAUCCGCACCAUCGCAGCCAUCCGCUCUUUCCCACACGACAAUGUGGAGGAUCUCAUUCGUAAGGGAGCUGAUGUGAACCGGAUGCAUGGCACACUUAAGCCCUUGCACUGUGCAUGUAUGGUCGCUGAUGCUGACUGUGUGGAGCUGCUGUUGGAGAAGGGGGCAGAGGUGAAUGCUUUGGAUGGAUAUAACCGCACAGCACUGCACUAUGCAGCAGAGAAGGAUGAGAGCUGCGUGGAGCUGCUGUUGGAGUAUGGGGCCCAGCCCAACGCCCUGGAUGGCAAUAAGGACACUCCACUUCACUGGGCCGCCUUCAAAGAUAACCCAGAGUGUGUGAGGGCCCUGCUAGAGAGCGGGGCCUGUCCCAAUGCCCGGGACUACAACAGUGACACUCCUUUGAGCUGGGCAGCAAUGAAAGGCAACCUGGAGAGUGUCAAAGUGCUAUUAGACUACGGAGCCCAGGUCCAUGUGACCAACCUGAAGGGCCAGACCCCUAUCUCCCGACUGGUGGCAUUGUUGGCCCGGGGCCUGGGCACUGAACAGGAAGAGGAAUGCCUUGAGCUACUGUGCAGGGCUGCAGGGCGGUUUGAGAUCCGACGGGCUGACGGCACCCUUCCCAGGGAGCUGAGUAAAGAUCCCCAACUGCUGGCGAGGCUGACCAACAUGGUGGCUCAGGCUCCCACACUGCGCUCUCUGGCACGCUGUGCUGUCCGGCAGAGUCUCGGGGUGCAGUUCCUCCCCACUGCUGUAAAAGACCUUCCUUUACCAGAAACUAUCAAAGACUAUCUGCUGCUGAGAGACUGAGGGGAUGAAACCACUGGCUGAUCAUUAGACAGCUCAUCACACUGCGUUUAUUGGCAAGGAAUUGUCUCCAUUGAAUUAUAGGGUAGUGUUUGACAGUGGCCCUCAUUUAUUGAACCCUCUUGCAAAUCGAUACAGAUUUAUGCACCAGGAGAGAUGAACAAAACUCUCUGUUUUUUUUCUUCUUCUUUUUUUAAAAAAAUUAUCUAGUGCAGAACAUCUAAAUGAGCAGUUAUUUAAGUACAAAUUGACAAACUUGAACAGUUUCAGCUGCAGGAGCAAACCUCCACCAAUGCAUUAUUUUCAUGUUGUUAUAUAACUCCUGGCCUGAAGAAGUAGUGCUCAGGAGUGAAUGUCAGGUAGUUUGUAUGCUAGUUGGUGUAGCCAUCUGUCUCUCAGUAACGUCCCCGGUGAAGUUAACAGUGCGGCCAUUUUUGCAAUAUCAGGAGAAAAAAAUUAAUAAAAAAAAACCACACUGACCAGAACAAAAAACAACUAGCUUUAUUUGUCAUGUUGAGGCAACAAAAGGUUUCAGAAUAUUAUCACUGAAUUCACAAAAUGUGCUAGGCACACUUAUCCUGCCUCCAUUUAGUCCCCUGAAAAUGUUCAUUGCUGAUAAAAGUGAUGGGAACACGCCUGCUGUCAAAUGUGACUGAGUAUUUAUUUGGGCUUUGUUUUAAUGAGGUGUGCAGUUGCAGUUGCCAAGGGGGAAUAAAUGGUUUGGGUUUUUUUUGGUUUUUUACAGAUUUAUAUUUCCAGUCUUAACUUGCAGAACUUUAGGCUGUCAAGGGUGCUCACAGGUCCAACAUUUUGCAGCAUAUAUUUAAAGAUUAUUUUAAAUUAAAUGUUUAAAUGUUAGAACCAUGAAAUGGCAUGAUCACUACGUUUUUUUUUUGUCUUUGAAAGAUUCACUAAAUAAGCUUGCAAAGUGUAUUUAAGUUUGUUAUGGUAUUUGUCGAAACUGACUAUUUCUGUGCUUGAUUUUGUUUGCUUGUUCUGCAGAUGUAUAAAAAUUAACCCCUUAGAUCAUGUCUUGUGUACACCUGCAAAAGUGCUUUUCUCUUUGUCAACAUAAUGAAAGUAAAUGCCUUUAUAUUCCA